AUGGCGGAUUCGAAGGCCACUGCGGCGGUCACCCUCCGCACGCGCAAGUUCAUGACCAACCGCCUCCUGUCCCGCAAGCAGUUCGUGCUCGAGGUCAUCCACCCCGGCCACACCAACGUCUCCAAGGUCGGGGAUCUCGUCCUCUCCUCGUUUCUCGGUGAUGUUCGGCGGGAUCUUGAUGAGAGGCUGGCAAAGCUCUACGAGGUGAAGGACUCCAACUGCAUCUUCGUCUUCAAGUUCCGAACCCUCUUCGGAGGCGGCAAGUCCACCGGCUUCGGACUCAUCUACGACAACCUCGAGGCCGCCAAGAAGUUCGAGCCCAAGUACCGCCUCAUCCGGAACGGCCUUGCAACUAAGGUAGAGAAGUCACGAAAGCAGAUGAAAGAACGUAAGAACAGGGCAAAGAAAAUCCGCGGUGUGAAGAAGACAAAGGCUGGAGAUGCCAAGAAGAAGUAA